GAUUGGAGUGGAACAAUCCAGAUUUGUUGGAAAAUUAUAAUAAAGAGGGCAGUUAUGAUCUAAACAAUGGGGAUAGAGAUCCUUCACCUAAUACCAAAAACCAGAAGAAUCAUCAUGGAACACGAUGUGCAGGUGAGAUCUCUGCCAUACCAAAUAAAGUAUGCGGUGUCGGUGUUGCCUUCCGCUCUAAAAUCUCAGGAUUAAAGCUUCUAGAUGGACCUCUAACAGACAGUAUGGAAGCUGAUGCCUUCACAAAGUUCUUCCAGAUCAAUGAUAUUUAUAGUUGCAGUUGGGGCCCAGAUGAUGAUGGGAAGACAGUGGAUGGACCUCAUGUUUUGGCUGCUGCUGGGAUGAAACAUGGUAUUGACUUUGGACGUGGUGGUUAUGGUAGUAUAUAUGUGGUUGCCAGUGGCAACGGGGGUCAUGAAGGGGACAACUGUAACUAUGACGGUUAUGCAAACUCACUUUAUACAGUAACUAUAGGAGCUGUAGAUGAGACAGGACAUAUGCCUUACUACUCCGAGGAGUGUGCCUCCAUGUUGGCUGUUACAUUUAGUAGUGGAUCAUGGGGUCAAACUAGAGAUAUUGUUACAACAGACUGGUUAGCACACAAGGAGUCAGUACGAGGAUGUACGGAACAUCACAGUGGUACGAGUGCUGCAGCUCCUAUAGCAGCCGGCCUGAUAGCCCUCAUGUUAGAUGUACAACCCUGUCUCACAUGGAGAGAUAUACAGUACCUUAUAGCUCUCACUGCACUCAAGGUAGACAUAGAUGUAGCUCACUGGCAGAAGAAUGGGGCGGGGCUCUGGCACUCACAUAAACAUGGUUUUGGUCUUAUGAAUGCCUGGAGGCUUGUGAAUGCUGCCAAGGUAUGGGACCAGGUGCCCUGGCAAACAUCAGUGGAGUAUAGUGAGAAAAAAGUUUCAAUACCAAUCACUAAAGGUCGCUCUAAUCCUUUACAACUUACUUAUACAGUGACAGAGUCAAAUGCCAAUGGAUUUGACCUAUAUAUACUAGAAACUGUGCAAGUGACCUUGACCUUGGAUCACCCAUGCAGGGGUUUUCUAGACUUCAGAGUGAAGAGUCCUCAUGGUACAAUGUCUGUGAUUGGUGCAUCUAGACCACAUGAUGACUCACCUAAUGGAUUUGACAAGUGGACAUUUUCUACUGUUAGAUGUUGGGGAGAGUCGCCUGUUGGUGAAUGGACAAUAUUCAUCAGAGAUUCGGACAAUGGAAAAUAUGGAAUGGGAACACUUCGUAGCUGGACCUUGAAGUUGUUUGGAACACCUAUGGCACCUAAAGAAUUUAAAAGAAGGAAAAAUUUGGUGAAUGAGGCCCUGCAUGGGGGAUUUCUGAACAGUACAAGCAGAUGUAUACCCCCUCCUGUUACCUCAAAACCUGAUGAAAUCAUGUCGGUGAGAAUACUGAAGGUGAUCUGUAUGACAGGUGCACUAUGUUUUUUAUUUGCUGUUUACGAGUCAUUUGAAUAUUUAUUCUGCUAUAAUGAUGAGAAAAAAGAACAAACAAAGUAUAUGAAGUUGAUGAAACAAGCGCACCGACUGGCUAGAGAGCAUAUCUACAACCAGCCAACCAACUCGGAGACAACCGGACUACUUAAUGAUAACAUUCCUAUGCAAACAUUCCCUACAUCUGACCUCUCUGACCCUGAUGGUUCAAGGUCAACAAGUGAUACAAGGUCAGCAGGUGGAUAUAACUCAGUGGGUGGUUUAGGUGACCGAAGAGAAGGUCAAGGUGAAAUGUUAGGUGACCUUACAGAAGGUCAUGGUGAAAGGUCAAAUUCAGAUGAUUCUCUUAUACAGGCGGGUCCAUGUGAUGUGGAAGUACACAAUAGUCAGAACGGAGAAGUUUCAGCAAAUGUUAUACAUGAAGUGAAUGGUGAAAUAAAUAGUGCUCACUCAGCUGCGGUUAGUGACAAUGUAACACAUUCCCGCAUGACUGACCCUGAGUCUAAAGGUGAAGGUCAUUUAAUUAGUGAUACUCUUGCAGCGUUACAAGCAAAGGUCAUGAGUAAAAAGCAAACAAAAAAUGGGUACACUCUUUUACAAGACUGUUCUGAUGAAUCUGAAACAGAAUUUUAACCAAACACAUUAUAAAUAAUACAAGACAUACCUGUAUUGAGUUUCUUGUGGGAGAUUUAGCCCUCAUUUAAAUACUUCAAUCAAAUUUUAACUAGUUUUUACCUCUAUUUUAAUGAAAUUGUAAAGGAAAAUCCUUUUAAUCUUUCUUUACAUCAAAAAUUGAUUAUCUACUUACACAUUAAUAGUUAUGUUACUGAGGAUGCUCUAGAACUACUAGUAAGUUAGGGGUCUGUAUGAUAAUAUGUGUUGAUUGACCUGAUUAUGUAUUUCUAUUUAGUGAAUAAGGAAUAACUCUGACCUUCUCAGAGCUAACUUGGAUAAUGUUAGGCCUUUACCAUGAGAUUUCAGCAGGGUCAACAAGUACAUCCAGACUGUAUACUAAUAUACUGUUACUGUUUCAUUUUAGAACUUUGAUACUGAAUUCCCUUUUACUAGCAAUGAACUCUUCCAAAUUUAUUUUUUAAAGUAAAGACAGCACAUCAUUUAGCAAGGUUUUUGUAACAGAAAUACUUAUAUAAAUGUUAUGAAAUUCUUUUGCUAUUUUUAAUUUCUGAUAAACAAAUUUGAAAAUGAGUAAUUAUGAUACUAGUAGAGGAUGUGCAUUAUAGAAGGUAUAAUUAUAUGGUUAUGAAUUAUUUAUGUAGACCAAUCAGGACAUAGUAAAAAGAAAGAUAAAUGAUGAGGUUAAAGAUAAAUUGCAUUUAGCAUUAUUUUAAUUGCAUUAUUUUAUUUGUAUUAUUUUGUAAAUGAUCUUAAAAUUCUUGCAAAAUUUGUCAUUGGAGCCCUUUGUGCCACCCUGUCCUUGAUUUGACAACAGUUUUAUUUAUGUCGUGAAAUCUUGUGAGAAGUCUGUUAUAAACGAAAUACUUGGGAUUUUUUUUAACAACAUAGUAAAUUUUAAUGAUCAGCAUAUUUGCAUAAAUAUAUAGGUCUUAUAUAGAAAAAAUAUAGUGUAUAAAACUUCCAUGUAAAAUAUUAUUUAUGUGGUAAAUAAUUGUCACUUGAGGGGUUUAGAGUAGUAUAUAUGGUUUUAGCUAGAAAUAAACUGCGAGUUUUAAUGUUGUAAACAUUGUUUGAUUUGUUAAAUUAUAUUUUUAAGUUAAAUCAUAUCAGUUUAUUUUGGGUUUAUAUUUGCAUCUAGAUUUUGAAUAAAUUUAAGAUAGGUUAUUGUAUAAAAUGUUAGCUAGUGUAGAAAUUUUAUUCAAUUUAUAUAUUUUGUUUAAUAUCACAAGUAUGGAAAAAUCAGGCUGCUUUAAAUUUCACAUUGAAUAAUGUUAAAGGAAUAAAUUAACAUUUUAAACCAUCAUCAGAGGCCACUGGCUUUAAACCACUUUCCCUGCUCUUCACCACUCCUGGUUUCAAUUCAGGGAUUUUGUGUUCAUUCAUGUGAGGACGCUGUCGAGCUGACUUAUGAAAGGUUAGCGGUUCUACUCAGGCUUUUGCCUGAAAUAUUGUACAAAGAGUCAUGUAAGGUCUUUCUUCAUCCAAUAAAGCUGAAAACUCCUGAAUAAUGUCAGUGAUUUUAAAACCC